AUGAUAUAAAUAAGUAUCGAUAAUUUACAUUGUGGUUAAAACCAUAACCAACCAGUAAUAAAGAUAGCUAUGGAUUCGAAAUAUGAAAAAGAGGAAAGAUUAUUUUGUCAAGAAUGUCUAAACAACAAUUAAUAUAAAGGAAAUUUGAUAAAAAUUGAAGAAUUUGAAAAGUAAAUAUAAGAAUAAUCAAAUAAGAAAGAAUAAAUAAUAAAAAGUGAAAUAGAAAUAGCUAAAAAAUAUGUGGAUAUUUUGAAAUAAAAUUGUCUAAAUUUAAAACAAAGACUGAUUUCAGAAUUAGAUAGAAUAAUUGUUGAAAGUGAUAAAUGGUUAUUAGAAUUAAAUGAAAUAGUUGAUAAAAACAAUAAAUCGAAUUUUGUUUAAGAAUGGUGGGAUUAUAAUAACUAUUUAAAAUCGUAUCCAAAAAUAUUUAAAUCUAAAAUCCAAAAGUGUCAUAAUAUUUAUAUUAAGAAAUUAUUUGAACCUCUAUAAAAAUAUGUUUAAUAUGAUGAGGGGAAAAGAUGCUUAGAAAUAUUAUAAGAUUUAAGGAUAUAAGAUUAAACUUAAAUAUAAAUAAAAUAAAAUACAUUUGAUAAAAUACAAGAGAAUAAGGAAAGAUCAGAUGAAAGUGAAAUAGAAUUAAAAUUAAUUGAUGAUUCUAUAAUUUAAAAAUAAAUGUGUUAUGCUAUAGAUAUAAAUUCAGCUUGUUCUCUAAUGAUUUCUGGUAAGAAUGAAAAUAUAGUUUUAUGGAAUUUUAAAAAUGGUAAAAUAAGUGAGAUUGUAACUUUAAAAGCACAUGAAGAUGAUGUACAAUGUUUGAAAUUUAGUAAAAGAUAAAAUAGUUUUAUUUCAGGAUCGAAAGAUAAUUCACUCUAUUGUUGGAAAGUAAUUAAUAAUAAAUAAUAAUGGAUUCAUUCUUAACAAUUUAAAGUUCAUAAAGAUUGGAUAGAAUGUUUUUUAUUAAAUUAAAAUGAAGAUUAAUUAAUUGUCGGAAGUAAAGAUAAUUCUAUAACAAUUUGGAAUGUAGAUUUUAAAAAGAAUAGAUUAAUUUAUUAGUAUACAUUAACAGAACAUUAUAAUAAAGUAUGUUCAUUAAGUUUAAAUUAAUCUGAGACAUAACUAGCCUCUUGUGGUUAUGAUCAUUAUAUAAUAUGGGAGAGAAAUUAAUAAGAUUAAUGGUAAAUUAAAUAUAAAUAGGAGUAGAAAAAUAAAGGUGAGAAAAUUAAAUUCAUAAAUGAUAAUCAAUUCAUAUGGAUAACUGAAUAGAUUGAAUAAAUAUAAGUUUUUGAAAAAUAUGAAAAUAUUUAUAAAGAAGACUUAAAUAAAUGUUUGCAACUAAUUGAUGAUGAUUAUAAUUGGGAUGAAAGUCUAUUCCCAAUAAUUUACAACAUUUAAAAGAAUAUUAUUGUAUUAAGAUAAAAAAGAUAUAUUUAUUUUAUUAGACAAACUGAAAAUGGGUAUCUUAAAAUUAUUAAAGAUUUAAAUUGCGAUUAUGCAUCAAUUUAUGGUACAAUUACAGAUGAUGGAUUAUAUUUGAUUAUAUGGAAUUAUAAAUCAGAUAAGUAUUUAAUUUAUGAAUUAUAAUAUAAAUGA